CCACGCACAACGGACACUAAUGUUUUUGUCACUUUUUAUGGAAUCAAACUCAAAAUAAGGUCACCUAACAGACUCAACAGAUGUGAUUGAGAACCACAUAGAAGAGGUGUUGUAUGAAUAAAGAUGAAUCAAUAUGAGUUUGGAUACCUGACUUGACCACACAACAGAUGCUUUUACUGCUAAUUCUUCACCUUGCACUUUGAGUGUGAAUGUGUGGCCUUGAGCUAUUUCCAAGGGACCAUAUGGCACAAUAUCGCACAAUAUAGGUCCUCGUUGCAUAAGCUAACAUGGACAAAGUGGUCAUCAGUCUCCUGUUCCUGGGAACCGCAGUUACGAUGGUCCAUGCAUGUCCCAAAUACUGUGUCUGCCAGAACUUGUCAGAGUCCUUGGGGACUUUAUGCCCCUCCAAAGGUCUACUCUUUGUUCCACCAGACAUUGACCGGCGAACUGUGGAGCUCCGGCUGGGUGGCAACUUCAUCCUCAAGAUCUCCACCCUGGACUUUGCCAAUAUGACAGGUCUGGUGGAUCUCACUUUGUCCCGAAACACUAUCAGCGACAUCCAGCCUUUCUCAUUUAUUGACCUGGAGACAUUAAGAUCGCUACACCUGGACAGUAACCGGUUGACUGAACUGGGACCAGAUGACCUCCGAGGACUGGUUAACCUGCAACACCUGAUCCUCAACAACAAUCAACUGAGCCGUAUCUCUAAAGUAGCCUUUGAUGACUUGUUACUGACACUGGAGGAUCUUGAUUUGUCAUAUAACAACUUGCGCACUGUGCCUUGGGAGGCCAUCCGAAAGAUGGUCAACCUCCAUCAAAUGAGUCUGGACCAUAACCUCAUCUCCUUCAUCGCUGAGGGGACCUUUACAGAUCUCGACAAACUGGCACGCUUGGACCUCACCUCUAAUCGUCUUCAGAAGCUCCCUCCAGAUCCUAUCUUUGCACGCUCCCAGAGCAAUGUGGUGAUGAGCACACCAUAUGCACCUCCGCUCUCACUAAGCUUUGGUGGAAACCCUUUGCACUGCAAUUGUGAAGUGCUUUGGCUUCGGAGACUGGAACGGGAGGAUGAUAUGGAAACCUGUGCUUCUCCUGCCAGUCUAAAGGGACGAUACUUUUGGUCUGUUCGUGAGGAGGAAUUUGUGUGUGAGCCCCCUCUGAUCACACAACAUACACACAAAUUGCUCGUGCUCGAGGGACAGACAGCUAGCUUGCGCUGCAAAGCUGUAGGCGAUCCAAUGCCAACUGUGCAUUGGGUUGCUCCUGAUGACCGUUUGAUUAGCAACUCCUCCCGAGCAACUGUAUAUGAAAAUGGGACUCUGGAUAUAACAGUCACCACAUCUAAGGACUACGGUACAUUCACCUGCAUAGCUGCUAAUGCUGCAGGGGAAUCUACAGCAUCCAUCGAACUAUCAAUCAUUCAACUCCCCCAUCUGAGUAAUGGUACAAACCGUACCACGCAGAACAAGUCAGGCCUGUCAGACAUAACAAGCUCUACUAAGAUCAGUAAAGGGGAGCCUAAAACUCUUCCAGAGAAGGUGGUGUCUGUAUCAGAAGUGACCGCUGUUUCUGCUCUGGUCAAGUGGAGUGUUAGCAAAGCAACUCCAAAGGUCAAAAUGUAUCAGCUUCAGUACAAUUGUUCUGAAGAUGAAGUCCUCAUUUACAGAAUGAUUCCCAUGACUAACAGGGCCUUUGUACUCACUAAUCUGGUCCCAGGGAUGCAGUAUGACCUGUGUGUCUUGGCCAUUUGGGAUGAUACUGCUACGACUCUCACUGCCACCAAUAUUGUUGGCUGUGUCCAAUUUGUCACCACUGAGGAUUACCCACAGUGUCAGUCUAUUCACAGUGGCUUCAUGGGUGGCACUAUGAUCCUGGUCAUCGGUGGCAUCAUCGUGGCCACACUGCUGGUUUUCAUCAUUAUCCUCAUGGUUCGCUAUAAGGUGACGAGUGGGAUCCAGACUAAUAAACUGCCCACUGUGAGUAACACAUACUCACAGACGAACGGAGGAAUGAACAGGUUCAACGGUGCCCCACCACAGGUUAAAUCUACAGUGGUGGUCAUGCGUGAGGAAAUGGUAGAGUUCAAGUGUGGAUCGCUCCAGAGCAGUCUCUCUUCAUCCUCCUCCUCCUCUAACUCAUUAGACAGCCAAACAGCAAGAGGGGCUGGUGACCGCUACAGCAUGCAAAGCAGUGAGUGCACCACCCUGCCCAGCAACAAGUUCAGGAGGCACGGCCCCAAAGCACGCCCAAACUUGGACCACCUUUUAGGAGCCUUCACCUCACUGGAGCUGCGAGGGGCAGGGAGAGACAGCGCAGGUACUUCUGGACCCUCCACCAGUUCCAAUGCUAUGGCAGUGGCCGUGGCACCACCGUCUGAUAAAGAACCAUUGCUUGGAAGGGCAGAGUCCACAACCAUGCUGGGACGCAUCCUUGGGCUCCCCCAGGAGGGUAAGCCAAAGAGGAGCCAUUCGUUUGACAUGGGUCAUGUAGGGGCCACACAGAGUCGCAGCAGCUACCCACGCAGGAUCAGUAAUAUCUGGACUAAACGCAGUCUGUCUGUUAAUGGCAUGCUGCUGCAGUAUGAUGACAGUGAGGAUGAGAAGCCCACUUUUGAGAGCUCCGAGUGGGUAAUGGAGAGCACGGUUUGAAGACCAUAGAGACCACAUGUGAGAUUCAUGACCAAACAAUAAAUCUAUAUGAGAAUAAAAGAAACAUGAGUGAAAAGUGAAGGAUAUCCCAAAGGGACACUAUCUUCUGCAUGAAGCUAACCCAAGUGAUAAUAUAAGACACUCAAAUCAAUAGAUUCCCGGUCAUGAUCUCAUCUCUGACAGUGUCAAACUGUAUUUGAAAAAUGUCCCCAUUUUAAAACAACUGCAGA